UUCAUCAUUUCGAUAGUCAAAGCGGCUUUGACUUUUCUCGUGGUUCAUGAUGGCUCCUCUCCGGCGUAUCCUCCUCCUCCUCCUCCUCUUCUUCAUCUUCUCCGCCGCCGGUCCGUCCUCCUCCGCCGCAAGAAAACCACAUGGGUUUACCCUAAAAGUGGCCAAACAACUAGAUUUCAUCUUCAACCUCUACUACGUCAACAUCCAAGUGGGCACUUCACCAUCAUUAUCAGUGAACUUAGUCCUCGACCUCGCCUCUCAGUUCCCAUGGUUCGAUUGCUCCGAAGCUCGCUACAACUCGUCCUCCUACCGUCCCUUCUCCUUCGCUUCUCCUAAAUGCAAGCUCGUGAAGAAUGCAGUACCGUGGGAUUGCCCUUUGCCAUCAGGUGUGCCUGUUCCGCUUGGCUGCUUUAACAAUUCAUGUGGAGUUUACCCUUUUGAUUACGUUGAGACCCGUUUCUAUAUGGGAAGCUUGGGUGAAGACAUCAUGAAUCUGCCGGCAACUCCGGCCGGCGGUCCAAGACUCGACGCACCGCCACUGGUUUUCUCGUGUGGCCAGCCAGGAGCCUUCUACCCGUACCGAGCAUCAUCCCGCGGACUUCUCGGUCUAUCCAAGAACGUGCUCUCUCUUCCAAUGCAGCUCACUUCCGCUUUCAAGCUCCCUCGUAAAUUCGCUCUCUGUCUUCCUUCUAAGUUGAUCGAUUCAGGAGAAACCGGAAGCCUUUUCAUUGGCGGUGGUCCAUAUUCCCUCCCGCCUUACAACGGAGAUGCUUCCAAUCUCUUCUUCACCGCUCCAUUGCUCAUCAACCCUGUCAGUACCGCCGAGCCUCGGGUCAAGGGUGCACCCUCGGAUGAAUAUUUCUUAGACGUGACAUCCAUCGAGAUCGACGGCGAAUCAUUCCCUUUCAAGAAAUCUUUACUGUCGAUUGACAAAAAGGGCAAUGGCGGCACCAAGCUCGCCACCACAACGCACACUACCAUUAUGCACGGUUCAGUUUUUGAACCCUUCGUAAGAGCCUUCAAGGCCAAGGCCAAGGCGAGGAAGAUGGUUGAAGUGCCUGGCUUGGCUGGUUACGGCGGAUGUUUCGACGCAAAGAACAUCCGGAUGGGAAUAACUGGACCGGACGUGCCAGUGAUCGAUCUUGUCCUGAAAAGCGGUGGGAAAUGGAGAAUCUACGGAUCAAACUCGAUGGUUCUUGAGACAGACAGGUGGUGUUUGGGGGUUAGUAACGCGGGGAGAGAGUAUAGCAGACACGCGAUGGUGAUAGGAGGGCUUGCUUUGGAGGAUAAUCUGUUGGAGUUUGAUCUUGAAGCUUCUAACCUCCGUUUCACUUCGUCUCUUCUGCUCCAUAAAACCUCGUGCACUUGAUGUUUGUGUUUUGGUGGUUUCUGUCCGAAAACCGUUGAAAUAUGUUUGUAUUCGUCGAAUUCUGUUUGUUUUGUGUCGGGUUUAAAUAAGAGAAGCCAAUUCAAUAGGCAAAGACUGAGGACAAAAAAAGUAAAGGCUUUUUUCCGAUUUUACAAAUGUACACCAUGGCCCAAUUAUAAUGGGUCG